UUUAAGCAGAAGGAACUUCAGCGCAGUUACGUGGUGCGUUUAUGCAAAGCAGAGAAGCGGAGCAACAUCGGGAUUCCGUGAUGUAUAUGUGAAAGUCCCCCCCAAAUCCGAAUCGGUGUCGUUCGGACAAGGGGAGACUUUGAUGGAGGUUUUAUGUGGGACUCGCUAGGAUGGACGUGGUAGACGAAACAGAGGCUCUACAACGAUUUUUCGAAGGUCAUGAUAUUACCAGUUCUCUGGAGCCAGCCAACAUCGACACCAGUAUCCUGGAAGAGUACAUCAGCAAGGAGGACGAUAGCACUGACAUCUGUUUCUCAGAGGUCCACAGCGCUCCAGGACCAAAUUAUUCAUCUCCUCAGGCAGGAGUGUCCUCCUCUGGAGGAUUGGUGUGUGGUGUGAGCCCCCCUAUUCCUCUGCGCCAAGGAGCCCCUGGGCCCCCCAGCUGUCAGAACGCCUACCCCCAGGGUCCUUCUCUGGGGCUCCGACACAGUUACUCCUGCCUGGGCCAGCAGCAGCAGCAGGCUCACGUCAAGCCAGAGCACAGGGGCCAUUACGCUCCAGGGACUCUUCCUGAGUCCCCACCAGACUCCAGCUCUGAGGCUUAUUCCCCUCAACAGGUAAAUGAUCCUCACAUGAUCAGAACCAUGACUCCAGAGAAUAUGUGCCACAUGACGCCGACGCCACCCCUCCCACCACACGGCCACUAUCCCGGCAUGCAUCGGGACAUGUACCUAAAGCCGGAGUCCGUGAUCUCGCAGUAUCCCAUGGGUCCGGCCACCAGUGGAAGCGGGGACAUGCAGCAGACGCAGAUGCUCCAUCAGUUGCUGCAGCAUCCUCAGGGGCAAGACAGCAUCCCCGUUCAUCAAGCCAAGAAGAGGAAGCACUCCGACUCUCCCAACAGCACCUUGAAUUCCCAAAUCCUCACAGGUAUCAUCAAACAAGAACCAGGUUUAAUGCAGGACGCCGACAACGCCUACUUGGACCCAAACUAUCAGUGCAUCAAGUGGCAACCUCACCAGCAGAACAAAUGGACGCCACUAUACGAUGUCAACUGCAAAGAGCUUCCAAUGCCAACCUACCGUGUUGACGCUGACAAAGGCUUCAACUUCUCCUUGGCUGAUGAUGCCUUUGUGUGCCAGAAGAAGAACCAUUUCCAGGUCACUGUCUACAUUGGGAUGCUUGGAGAUGCUAAAUAUAUCAAAACGAAUGAAGGCCUGCAGCCCCUGGACUGUUUUUACCUCAAACUCCAUGGAGUGAAGGUGGAAGCUAUGAAUCAGUCGAUCAGUGUGGAACAGUCACAGUCUGACCGCAGCAAGAGGCCAUUCAAGCCAGUGCUUGUCACGUUGCCCGCUGAGCAAGUCACCAAGGUGACAGUAGGGCGGCUCCACUUCAGCGAGACCACAGCAAAUAACAUGAGGAAGAAGGGCAAACCAAACCCCGAUCAGAGGUAUUUCAUGCUGGUGGUGGCCCUGCACGCACAGUCCCACAGUCAGAGCUACACUGUGGCGGCACAUGUGUCUGAGAGGAUCAUCGUCAGGGUAACGUCUGGCCAUGCCUCCAACCCAGGCCAAUUUGAAAGUGACAAUGAGGUUUUGUGGCAGCGUGGGCAGCUGCCAGACUCCGUGUACCACCACGGCAGAGUUGGCAUUAAUACAGACCGCCCAGACGAGGCCCUCGUUGUGCACGGCAACCUGAAAGUCAUGGGCUCCCUCGUCCAUCCAUCAGACAUCAGGACAAAAGAAAAUGUCCAGGAGGUUAACACCACAGACAAUUUAAAAAGGAUUUCUCAGAUGCGGCUGGUCCAGUACCAAUACAAGCCAGAGUUUGCUGCCACUGUGGGCAUAGAGGACACAGCAGAGACAGGCGUCAUUGCCCAGGAGGUUCAGCAGAUCUUGCCUGAAGCUGUGAAGGAAGGAGGUGAUAUAGUGUGUGCUAAUGGAGAAACCAUCCCCAACUUGUUGGUUGUCAAUAAGGAGCGUAUCUUCAUGGAGAACGUUGGCGCUGUAAAGGAGCUCUGCAAGCUGACAGACAACCUGGAGACUCGCAUAGAUGAACUGGAGCGCUGGAGCCGCAAACUAGCCAAGCUGCGGCGCCUCGAUAGCAUGAAGAGCACAGUGAGCGGGAGCACGGUGAGCCAGUCGGGAAGUUAUUUUAGCAGAACAGGAAGCGGUCCGCUGAAGAAAAAGACCGUCAAACCGGGAAGCAAGAGCUCCCCUCUAGACCAGGGCUGCAUCAGUCAGAGGUUCGUGCAGGGGACCAUCCUGGCUCUUCUCAUUGUCAUGGCCUUCAGUGUCAUUUCGAUGUCAGUUCUUUACGUGCUCACGCUACACCACAGAGGAGCCGUCACAGAGAAAGACGGCUAUGUUUCUUCCUGUGUUCUCUACAUCUCUUGGAUGCCUAUCUUCACUGCCACUGUAACUGUUUGUCCACCUGUCUGCACAUGGUCGAGAGCUGCAGUGGAAUCAUCCCGCAAGAAUCCCUUCAGUCCAGUUUCUACCACACCUGCACCAGCUUGCUGUUCAACCACAGCUGUGAACAACCAAUCAGCAACCGCUCUGACGUUGAGUAGCAACCAAUCCACACCUGGUUUAAGUGUCCCAGUUCCCACUCCUGGCACCAUCGUUAAGAAGGCCAAGUCCAGGCAAAUGGACAAAGAUGGCCACAGCAGGAACCGUCUCAGCCACACCUCAGCACCCAUGUACUUUUCCAAAUCCAAGAGACCUGUGUCCCCAGAUGCGGAAGGAGUGGGAACCACCAACCGGCUGCCUCCAGGUCAACAGCCAGCGCCACGGAGACAACGCAGCCUGCUUGCAAAAGGAGCAGAGACAGUUCCAUCUCUAACGAGUGUACAUAUUGUGGAGACGGACCAUGAAAUCGCCGGACGGAGAUGUGAGCCAGCGGAGAGCUGCAGCUACACACUAUCACUUCGUGGACAACAAAAUGCUUCCAUAUCACAAAUCACUCUGCACAUGAUGUCAAGAAAGAGUGUGUGGGUGAAACAAUGUGGAGCCACCAAAGGACGUUUAUGUCCCAACCACACAGAGACAGAGCUGUACAGUAGACAGAGUACAUCAACGAAGGGGACUCAUCACCUCUGGUCAAUGCCCGUUUCGUCUUUCCAGGACGUCACCUAUCACUUCCGUGUCUCUCACUCUGGAGAAGUGAGUUGUGCCACAGAAGAAAAAAUCCCAUUGCACUCUGACUACCAUUUUCUCAUUCAAAGCAGCUGUGUGUGAGGAGGAAGAUGAUAUGUGCAUGUGUCUUCACACUUGGUCGUGUAUUUCCUAUUUGUCGUUCUAGCUGCAGACUGUUGUGAUGUGAGAGGAUGUGAUUUUGUUUUAUUACUGUAUAUUAUUUUAAAGGUAUCCAUGAAGAACAAACUGUACCACUGUCCCAACUGCAAUCCAAGUAGAUUUUUUUUAAUGAGAGACCCUUAAUUCCUGUGAACACUGGGUUCCAGCCCUUCCAGAGUUGUUGGCACCCUUUGUUCAAAUGUGUAAAAAGCCAGAAAAUAUAUGUAUUCAGCUUUGACUGCAUUAGGAUAUUAUCACACUGAAAAGGAAAUGAGUUGCAUUCAUUCAGAUUGGGAGAAACGUUUCAUGUCGGAUGAUAAAUCCUUGACAUUAUGUGAACCACACAGAGAGAUUGGCAGAUAGUGCAGCCUUCUCCCUGUGUUAAAAUGAGGAAUGUUGAGCAUUUUGUAAAGUUAUGUUUUGGUAUCAGUUUGACAAAAAAUUAAAUAUUAAAUCUCUUUAGCACCUCAGCAAUAAAUCAUCUCGUGACCCCAUAGAGGUGUCUGUCCCGAUGCUCUCUUUGGGAACCAUCGGUCUUAGACCCCUAAGUUCUGUCCUAUGAUCUCUUCUGCUCGCCCUGCACAAAAUUCAGUGUUAAAUAUUCAAUAGGAUUUAGGUGUGGGGACCAAGAAUGCCAUGGAGGGACUUUGACCUUUUGUCCAGUGAACCAUUUCUGUGUUGCUCACAUGUUUUGGAACAUCAAACUGCUGAAAGUACCAAUGAUGAUCCAUUUCAUUUUUCACAGACAGCCACGGAUUUUACUAAAACGCAUAUUUUUUAUUUUUUUUAUUUUUUGUUACAUGAUCUUGGUUUUUGGAGACUUGGUGACCCCAAGAUGCUUUGGAAGAUUGUAUAUUCCCCAUAACAUUAUUUUUACUAUAAAUGCUGGGAAUACAAAUAUGUGUCCUCAUCCAGCCUCACCAGUUACAAUUUAUUUUUUUUUAAACCAUUUGAUUAUUCCUCUAAUAAUGCAUGAUCAACCCAUCUCUCCCUGAGGGAGAGAAGUUCUCUUGUCUUUCUCAUUUUAAAGAGUGGCUGAGAGGAUUGUGCCUCUGUGUGACGUUAUGUCUAUCUGCCAUGAAAUCAGAAAGUAGUUCAUUUUUCUAAAGAUUGAAGCUCCUAAAAUUCUGAUUAACUGACACAAUAGAGUUUAAUUUAAAAUAAUACUUUAGUUUAAUUAGUUUUAUCCACUGAUUUUGGUGUUGGUGUUUUUAUUUAAAACUAUGAUUUGUUAUCAUAAUGGACGUUUUCUUUCAACUCUGAAAACACGGUCUCAUGUGUUUAUCCAUAUUCGUCACUGAAGAUUGUGAUUCUGCAAAAAUAAA